CAAAAAAGCAGCAUGGGUGAAUGAAAGGUGUGGAAGCUGCCUGGUAGUGACUAGAAGAGCUCGGUAUUGAACUAGAAACCUUUUUAUAAACCGGUUUAGCUUUAAAAACAGUCGUGAUGCACGAGAGACUCCUUCCUGCUUCGCCGAACUGGUACUGCUCGUGUUGUAGUGAUGUAAACAAACACGGCGUGUUGGGCUUCGGAGCUAAAAACACUGUUUACCUGCUGAAAGUGAGCGCGACAUCAGCACAAGUGCUCGGUGAACUCAGGGGCCACACAGAAAGAGUGUCUGCUUUCUCAUUCUGCAGACGUGAUGCUGAAGAAAACAUCUGCGCCAGCAGUUCAGAUGAUAAGACGGUCAAAAUCUGGGAUGUGGAGGAGAAGGUGGUGUUAGAGGAACAUAAUGUCCACCAGAACACCAUCUCUGCCCUCCACUGGUCUCCAAUGCAGAAAACGUUACUGGUGUCUGGAGACGAGAAAGGGAUUGUGGUGUGUCACUGGCUUGGUAGAGGAGACACUCGCAGCUUCUUCCCCGAACCCAGAACCAUCUUCUGUCUCUCCUGCUCGCCACACACAGAGAACUAUGUGGCCAUUGGGUACAAGGAUGGAAUGAUCGCACUGAUCGACAUCAGCAAGAAAGGAGAAGUGGUCCAUCGCCUGCGCGGUCACGAAGAGGAGAUCCACGCGCUCGCCUGGUGUCCCGAGCCCCAGGAGGACACGCUGUACCCUCGACAGGAGGACGGCGCCGACGUGUCCAGCGGGCCAGCAGAAGUCGAGCCACGAGGAUACCUGGCUUCAGGCAGUCGGGAUCAGACGGUUAGAAUCUGGAGCACAGCCAGAGGCAAAUGUCUUAUGACCCUGAAGCUGCCUUUUCUGAAGAGGCGAGGUACAGGAGUGGACCCCGGGAUGAAGGAGAGGCUGUGGCUCACGGUGCACUGGCCUAAAGGAAGACCUACGCAGGUCGUCUCCAGCUGCUUCGGUGGAGAGCUGGUGGUUUGGGACCUCACUAAAUCAGGCAAACAGAAGUGGACUCUUCUGGGCAGCUCAUCAGACGGUCAGAACCACAGCCGCAUCGUCUUCAACAUGAGCUCAGUGUGUGUGAGGGACCGAGAUCUUCUCAUCAGCACGUCCAUGGACAGAGACAUUAAGUGUUGGGAUCUGGACACUCUGGAGUGUUGCUGGACUUUACCCACUAUGGGGGGCUUCAUUUACUCUCUCAGCUUCUCUCCGGUGGCGACGGGCUGCGUGGCUCUGGGGGUCGGAGACAACAUGAUCCGCGUGUGGGACACUCUGUCCAUCCAGAACCUGUACGAAACCAGGACCUUCUGGCAGGGGAUCAAGUCCAAGGUCACGGCUCUGGCGUGGCAUCCGGUGAAGGAGGGAUCUUUAGCUUUCGGCACAGAUGAUGGAAAAGUAGGAAUCUAUGAGGUUUAUUCCAACAAGCCUCCACAGAUCUCCAGCACCUACCAUCGUAGGACGGUCUACUCUCUGGUUUGGGGUCCUCCUGUCCCUCCUCUGUCAUUUGGUGCAGGAGAUAAACCUGACUACACGCUGUACAGUUGUGCAGGAGAAGGCGUUAUCUUUCAACACGACCCGCGGAAGCUGUCAGACGAAGCCAGCAACAUCGACAAACUCAUCCGUGACUCCAACGACAUCAAACACAAACUGUCUCCUCACACAGACCUGAGCUGGAAGCCAGACGGGAAAGUCUUGGCUGUCGGAAACGAAGACGGCUCUAUAGACGUGUACAAAGCUCCGAGUCUGAAGCUUGUGUGCACCAUCCAGCAGCACCAUAAAAUCAUCAACACGCUGUGCUGGCACCAUCAGCACUCCACCCAACCCGAGCUGCACUGCCUGCUGGCUUCCGGCUCCAGCAACGCCAACGUCUACAUCCACGACCUGCGCAGUGCUAUCGAGAACCCGUCUGAGAGCCCGGCGACGUUGACCGAAGCUUUCCGCACUUUAUCUGGUCACACCAACAAAAUCACGAGCUUGGCGUGGAGUCCUCACCACCACGCUCACCUGGUCACCGUCAGCUACGACGGCACCGCGCAGGUUUGGGACGUGCUGAAACAGGAGCCCGUGUGUAACUACAGAGGUCAUCACGGCCGUGUGCUGUGUGUUCAGUGGUCACCCGUGAACCCGGACCUGAUCUGGACCGGCGCCGAUGACUUCACGGUGCAGGAGUGGGCCGUGUCCAAACAGGAACACGUUAAACCGCCAAAGAGUAGGAGACGUGUGGAGAUGGAGAAGAAGAAAGCACCGGUGAAGAAAGCCAAGAAGAAAAAGAAGGUCCUGGAAAAGUCCUGGGCGAAGACGGACGAGAACAAAUCGCAGACGGGAGAAGAAGCCGGAGGAAGCGGAAUGGAUGAAGGACAGACGGACGACGAAGCAGAAGAUGAGGAGAGAGAAAGCGUCGUCUCUUCAGUCACCGGUUUGUCUCAGGGAAGCGGUUCGGUCUCAGAGAAAGUGCACGUUAACGGCGAGAGGACUUUUCUAACCGUGAAGAAGGACGAAAAGGACGAGAAGAAGAAAGACAAAUCAGAUCCGUGCACGAAGAAGAGGAAGCCGCGCUCCAUCCUGCCUCUCAGCACCUCCAUGGACCACCGAGCCAAAGAGGAGCUUCAGCAUGACUGCCUCACGCUGGCUGCCGUCAGACACGCACAAGGUGAGACUGAGAACUGCGUCCCGGGAACCGGAGAAUACAUCCAGCUCGGACUGUUCGCAGACAGACAAGCGCUCUACAGGAUGCUCCAGGAGGAGGAGGACGGUCACCUGGACGCAGGACAUUACGACUCCAUGAUGUAUCUGAGGCUGUGGAAAGGAGACCUGAUUGGAGCUCUGCAGCUCGCCUCAGAGAAAGGACAGCUGACUGACCACCUCCUGAGUUUAGCUCCCAUGGCUGGUUAUCAGGCGUGGGUCAGGACGGUCGAGGCUUACGUGAAGCAGCUGUGUAUGCAGGAGCAGUUCCUUAAAGCCGCUUCACACCUCGUGGCCAUUCACAAAGUGUACGAAGCCGUCGGCCUCCUCAAAUCUCACCAGUUGUACAGAGAAGCCAUCGCCCUGGCCAAAGCCCGACUGCAGCCUGAGGACCCUGUGCUGAAGGACCUGUACACCAGCUGGAGCACCGUACUGGAGAAGGACGGACAUUACACCACCGCGGCUAAGUGCUACCUCGCUGCCGACUGCAGUUUCGACGCUGCCAAAGUCAUCGCUAAGAAAGGGGACGUGAUGUCGCUGAAGACGGCCGCCAACUUGGCCAAGCUGUCCGGCGAGAGAGACCUGUGCCACUCGCUCGCUCUGAGAUGCGCCAAAGACCUCGUGCACUCGCAGGAUUUUCUGGCGGCACAGGAGAUCCUCAGCACUCAAGACUCCUUAAUGGGUCACAGGCUUGUCUUGUGCGUGUGUGAGCUCCUGACUCGGAGACUGUCUCACGCCGGGGUCGUGACGUGGUCCUCGCUGUCGUGUCACACCUGGUCUAAUCCCGGCGCCGAGAGCUUCGUCGCCGACAUACAGCGCGUGUGGAGGAACGUGUUCGGGCUCGACGCCGCAGAUCCGGAGCGGCUCAAAGAGCUCCAUCGACAGCUAGGGGCGGUGGAGAACCCGCCUGCCACCGCCAGCACGCCUGGAAAACAGCUGUUAUCUCACUUGGCCCUGGAUGUUACUCUUUCUGCACUCAGUGAGCUGCUGGGUGACUGGAGCUCACUGCUCGAGGAGCUUCUGAGAGCUUUGACUCGAGUCUUCAAGACUAAUCAUUUUCCUCUGAUGGUUGAGACGUGCCAGCUUUUCCUCCCUGAAGGUCUGGAUUCUCUAGAGGUCUAUAAACAGAAGCUGGAGGGUGACGAAAGAAGUUUGGCAGCUUCUCGAAGUCUGGAGGCUCUGAUCUGUUACCAGCUCAUGUAUAAAAGCUGGUGGAGACGCGGCCGCGUCGAACCCUCCAGCGGCCACCGGACGGCGGUAGAGAACGGAGACGCCGCUCACCGGAGCGAACCCGGAGACGACGAAGGAUUUCUCUGUGAGGAAUUCUGGAACGUUCUUCUGUCAGAGCCGCACGCUGCCUUUCAGUCCACACAGAGAGCUUUAGAGGACAUCCAGGGCAGAGUGGCCGGGAUGGUUCAGCAACACCGAGGCCUUCAGGUGGAGUCUGGAGAUCUCAUGGAGGAGCAGAACGCUGCAGAAGGACAGAGAGAUCUGGAGACCAGAUCUUCUACAGAGUUUCCUGCUCUGGUCGCUCAGGUCGCCGAGCAUCAGAAAACACUCGCUGCUGUUCCAGAUCAUGUGAAAAACUACAUCUUCCCCGACGUCCUUGAAUGUUGUCUCGUCCUCUCGUUCGCCGAUCGGCACCACGGCGGGAUUCCACGUCAUCUCCGCGAGAGGGCGUCGGCUCUGCUGCUCACGUACGCGUCCACGGGCUCGGUGUACAAAGCUCGGCAGAGAUUCGAUACAGAAAUCCACAACAGCACUUAGUUCUAUUCUGAAUAAAGAAUAUUUGUAUUUUUGUUUAACGUGUAAAAUGAAGCUCACGUCAGCUUUUCUUUCACCUGUUCUACUUUAAUAAACCUUUUUCUCCCACAAA